AUGUUUUCUUGUUUCGCUAUAAUUACCUGUUUUCAUUCAUUGAUUGAUUCGAAUAUUUUAUUCAUCAGUUUAUUGUUGAUUACAAUAAUCAUUUCAUUUACAGCACUUUAUUACGUAAUCAUUGUACGAAUAUUGUUGGAAAAAAUUCGUCGUGACAUUGAUGAUGAUGAUAUAAAAGGAAAAACUAUUAUAAUUACCGGUGCAAAUCAAGGUAUUGGUGCAAUGGUUGUACGAAAUUUAGCUAAUCGUGGUGCAAGAAUCAUAUUACUUUGUCGUGAUAUGGAUAAAGCACAUGAAAUUGUUAAUGAUAUUUUAAUGGCAAAUCCAAUAGCAGAAUUAUCUGUUCAUCAUAUUGAUCUAUCAUCACAGGCAUCCAUACGUGUUUGUGUUAAUGAAUUAUUAAAACUGGAACCAAGAAUCGAUUGUUUAAUCAAUUGUGCAAGUGUUGCAUUCAUACCUGGUGUUGAACCUACAAAAUCAAUUGAUGGUUAUGAACUUCAUAUGGCUAUUAAUUAUUAUGGACAUUUUUUACUUACAUUUCUUCUCAAUGAACGUAUGAAACAAACGGCUAAACAAUAUGAAACUAUUGGUAAAGUGAUCAAUGUAGUUUCAAUUCUACAUCGAUGUGGUAAAAUCCAUAUGGUCAAUUUAAAUCUGGAUAAAUCCUAUACACCGUUUCGUGCAUAUAGCCAAAGUAAAUUAGCUCUGAUGAUGGCCGGUCGUGAAAUGGCAAAACAAUGGAAAUCAUCGAAUAUUCGUGUUUAUAAUGUUGAUCCAGGAUUUUCAAUGACACAAUCACAUUAUCAAAAUUUAUAUCCAGCAUGUAGAAAAAUAUUGACCAUAUUCGGUUGGUUAAUUGGUUUUCAUUCAAAUACAAAAGCUGCCGAACAAAUUGUUCGUUGUGUAAUUGAUAAACAAAUUGUACAUCAAAGUGGUUAUUAUUAUAGAAAUGGCCAACAUGUGACACCAAGUACACGUGCAUUGGAUGAUCGUAUGGCACAGAAUCUUUGGGCACAUACAAUCACUGUUUGUAAUCUGUUAUAAUUAUGGUAUGUCUCAUUUUUUUCGAGGUCAAUAUGGCCGUAUUUUUUUCGCGAUUUUUUUUACAUGAUUCUUUUAUCUGAAAUGAAAAAAAUAAACAAAAAAAAAUUCCGGUCACAUUGUCUAUGAAGGGCAUAUGUAUAUGCAUAUGCUUUUCCGUUUUGUGUUCAUAUUAAAAAAAAAACAACCAUACAUAACCGUAGCAGCGCUUCAAACAAAUGUUUUUUUUUCAUCAUUCAACAUUCAUUUUCGAAUUUUGUCAGCCAUGAACUGCCGUCAAUUUCAUUCAAAUAUUGAUAAUAAUACGAUUCCAAUCAAUUUAUUGAAUACAAUGAAUGAUAUUGAUAUGAGA